AUUUUAUUUCAUUGAAUUAUCAAAUAACAUUUUGAUAAAUUAUGAUUGAUAUUGUGGCAGGAGCUACAUGUUGGUGGCCAACAAUUCCAGAAGUGAGAACAGAGGGGACGACGCACGCAAUAACAGACUGGGAAUGUUUUAUUGUUUGGACUUGUCAUGGUGCCCCGGGGGGGGGGGCGGGGAGUCACACAGUCAAAGAGCCAAUGGGCAAAAGAGUCGUCACACGCAGGCGCUGAAGCACCGCCGCACUUUUCUGCAGCAGCGCCUUUUACAGCCGAGCAGCGAGUCGAGUAUGCUCAAUCUGGGAAGCUUCCGGCAACAUUUCCAACUCGAGGAAACUAACUAGACGGCAAGAGUCAAACCGGAAAACUGUCUCUUUGCUCUGGGCCACCUUCCUUCCCUUCCUCCAUUUUCCCGUCUUUCCAUGUCACUCACUCAGUCUUUCUUUUCCACCAUGCUCACAAGAGAGGAUACAGACAAGGACAGAAGCUUGAACACAGAUGCCGUGAUGGACACCACAGCAGUUUUUGCGGCCCUAUACAACGUGUGCGAGGAGAACGCCGCCUUCUUCUCGGGCGGGGUCAAAGGCCCGCAAAGCGACGCGGCCCGCCGGCUGGUGGACACCAUGAAGCUGAUCCAGGAGCACGCCCGCACCCUGGAGCCUGUCAUCUCCGGCUUUGCCGCCAUCUACCACCAUUUUGACUUUGACCCCCACAUACCAGCCAACGGCUAUCGAUCUCUCGUCAAGGUGGUGCGUUGCUGCCUCCUCCACAUCAUCCACAAGGGGCGCUACAUCAGCAGCAACCGGCGCAGCAUCUUCUUCCGUGUGGCCCACAACGCGGGAGAGAUGGAGGCCUACUGCAACGCGCUGUGCCAGCUGCGGGCGUUGCUUCACCUGGCCCGCCGCAUGCUGCACGACAAUGGCCACGGCGACCUCUUCUUCCACGAUGAGAGCGGCCUCAGCGAGAGCUUCGUGCGCGAAUACAGCUCCAUGCACAAGGGGUGCUUCUAUGGCCGCUGCCUGGGCUUUCAGUUCACCCGGGCUAUCCGUCCGUCCCUACAGACCAUCGCCAUCGGCCUCGUGGCCUUUGGAGAGAACUACAAGCGCAAUCAGUCUGGAAUAGGCGUGGUGGCCAGCUCCAUUUUCACGUCGGGCAAGUACGUCAUCGACCCCGAGUUGAGGGGGGCCGAGUUUGAGCGCAUCACCCAGAAUCUCGACAUCCAUUUCUGGAAGACCUACUGGAACGUCACAGAGACUGAAGUGCUAUCGAGUCUGGUCAGCAUGACGUCCGUGACGGUCAAGGUGAACCGAGCGCUCUCCGUGCCUCCCAUCCCCUUCGACCUCCCGCUGGCAGCCAAUCCGCGAGCCUCAGUGACCAUACCGCAGCCCUCGGCACACAUUGGCACCAACCCUGUCCAGAUGAGGCUCAUCUCCUACGAGCUGCGGGAAGGACAGGACAGCGAGAGCCUGCUCUCGCUCACCCGCUCUGAUGCGGGCUCCAUCUCACUCUCACUGGGGAUGAAGGCCAAGCGGCUGCCGCCGUCCCCCUGCCUCCUCAUCCACUUCCAUGGCGGAGGCUUUGUGGCUCAGACCUCCAAAUCCCAUGAGCCCUACCUGAAGAGCUGGUCCCAGGACUUGGGCGUCCCCAUUCUAUCAGUGGACUACUCCCUGGCCCCUGAAGCCCCUUUUCCGCGGGCCCUGGAGGAGUGCUUCUUUGCGUACUGCUGGGCUUUGCGGAACCACCAGCUGCUCGGCUGGACCGGCGAGAAAGUCUGCCUAGCGGGCGACAGCGCUGGGGGCAACCUGUGCGUGACCACGUCGAUGCGGGCAGCCACCUACGGUGUGCGCAUGCCAGACGGCCUGGUGGCCACUUACCCAGCCAUGCUACUCACUGCCUACGCCUCGCCGUCCCGGCUGCUCAGUCUCAUGGACCCCAUGGUGCCACUCAGCGUGCUCUCCAGGUGUGUCAGCGCCUACACAGGUAAUGAGCCGCAGACAGAAAAGCAGGUGGAGAAGCUGAGCACACUCACCACGGUGAGGAGGGACACGGCGCUGCUGCUCCGAGACUUCCGGCAGGGCGCGUCCAACUGGAUCCACUCUCUCCUGGACUCCAACAGAGGUGCCGACUCGCAACCGCUAGCCGCUGACACGGUGAGGACCAGCGUGUCGGAGACGUCCAUCUCCUCGCCUCAUGUGGACCCGCCGGUCCCGUCGGAGCCGGACGACUCCCCGGCCAGGAAGUUAUCCGCAAAGAGCCAGACGUGCCAGGACCUCAGAGCUCAUAAUUCUGCCUCCCUCUGCGCCCCGCCGCUUGUGUCUGAGAGCGCUCCUGAAGAAGUCCACUUCUCCAUCUCAUCGGACACUCACUCAUCUGUGCACAAUGACCUGUCUUUGGUGGCCAUACCGCCCCCCGAUGGCAAGGAGGGCUCUGAGUUCCCAGUGGGCUUUGAGCCACUGCGCUCGGAGCAGCUGUCUGAGAUGAAGCUGCUCAGUUCGCCGAUAGCCAAGGACCCCUUCUGUUCUCCCCUUCUGGCCCCAGACAGCAUGCUGAAGGCUCUGCCGCCCGUGCACAUCGUGGCGUGCGCCCUGGACCCCAUGCUGGACGACUCGGUGAUGUUCGCCAAGCGCCUGCGGGCCGUCGGGCAGCCUGUCACCAUGUGCGUGGUGGACGACCUCCCCCACGGGUUCUUGAGUCUGUCGCAGCUCUCCCAGGAGACCAAGGAGGCGGCCGGCAUCUGCGCUGAGCGCAUCCGCGCCGUCUUCGCGCAGAAGGAGAUGCCGCCGCCCGAGCCGCGCAAGCACCGCAAGCUGGAACGAACCGAUAGGGGUGGCGCCGCCCUGUUUGUCCAAGGUGAGCCAGGCUCGGGGCUCGGGGCUAAAAUGGCCGAAGGAGACAGCUUUGUCACAAUCACACAAAGUGAUGUGGAGGGCGUCGGAGCUUAGCAAAAACGUAUUUGGGCAAGCUCAAUGAGGAAGUAAGCCUCCCUCUGCUUUUCAUUACUUGACGGGACGGCCGUUUCGCAACCGUUAUACGGCAGGUGCCACACACUUUCAAGGAAAGAAAUUUAAGAUCACAAUCCCGAUCAGUUGGACAUGGAUCAAUCCCGUCUGGGCGCAUCAGAUAAGACGCUCCUACGCCGUAUCAUUGCGAUCCAAACGGCCCCUGCUGUCCCUCGGCAGAAUGUCUCAGCGCACGCUUAAGAGCACCACGUUAUGCUCUCCAUUACGCCGUCAAUACGGCUCGCUUUGUUGACGCUAGCGCUGUUGACUCGAAGCCCAAAUCCGAUUAUCCAAAGAAGAGACCUUAAACAAAUGGCGCACUGCACAUUUCUUUCCUGGUGGACUUCUUUUUAAAAAAAAAUUUUUUUUUUCUAAACAAUCAUUUGCUGUCAUGUACUCGGCCGUUCUUGUUCUGUUUCCACCCAUAUCCGCUGAUGUAGCGUUGUGUAGCAUUGAAAUGUAAUUCUGUGCCCUUGAUUCCGCCAUGUCAGCGUGCUCGAUGCUUGUUGAGGGAUAGUUGCUGUGGACAGUUUUUAUUUUCUGCAAAUAAUGGGCAGAAUCGGCAAAUGGCUUCACCGACAGCCAUCGUACACAAAUAAUUUGCUCCUUAUGAGACUGUUUGGGUUCGAUUUAUCGCUGUGAACAUAUGCUGGAAUAUCGCUGUCCUUUCAACAUGACGCUGUUGCUCCACAGAGCGUCGCAACCUGUUGUUUAAUUCUUAUUCCACAAAGACAGUAUUCAUUAGAGUCCCGUGUUGUGACAAGUGCCGGCACUUGCGAUGCAUCCUUGCUUUCAAAAUAUUUGGGUUUAGUUCUCCGUUAAAGCCUUGAGGACCACUUUGUAUUUUCCAAAAUCCUCCCCCGAGCGGGAUUAUGCAGCAGCAGAGUCGGGCGGGUGGAUUAGCCCCGUCGUUCUCGCCACAUUUUUGCUGUCAGACGGAUGAAGAAAAGCCAGAAGACGGCCGAGCUCCACUUUGCUCUCUCUGCACUUUUGCUCUCGUUUGUACGGUUGUGUUCUUGUUUUCCUGUUUUCGCCGAUGCGUAAAAGACGGCAUCAAGUGCAAGCAACCACAAAGCCCAACUGACACUUUGAGCAUCUGCUGAUUGUCUUUUUGUCAAAAUAUCUUUUACUGUCCAAAUAUUCUGGACUGUUGCUGUCAAAGUGAUGCUGCUGCUCCACAGACCGCCGCAGCCUGUCGUCACGGCGACAUGCUGCCUCACUCAGUGUUCUGUUGUUGAAAUUUUGGUCUGUCAAACUAGUAAAAAAAAAAAAACUAAACGUAGUCACCAAUAACUUUGAUUAACGAUCAGUAAACACGUGUCAGAGUUUUUAUUCCAAAAAUAUUUACAGAAAGAUUACCUUUACCUUGCUGGCACACUCUUUCUCGAAAAUCAGAGCAUGCCGUUAUUGCCUGAAAGACAGCCAGUUUGGCUGGCACCAUUCCUAUCCGGUCACAGAAUUUGGAUUUCGGUCAUUUGCGUGUUGAUUGAGCUUAAAAUUCAGAACCAAAGACUGCAUACUACAAUGCUGAGACCAUAUAUAUUGUUCAUCUGUUCUCUUGUCAAAACAGCUGCGAGUUGACUUGAUUUACUUUGAAUAGGAUCAUACUGUAAAAAUGUUAAUGAGCUGUCGUUAAAACAAGCCACAGACUGGAAACAACGUCGCAUCUCCUCAAGGAAAACACCACAAGUGCAAACCUGUGAAUUGAAAUGAGAAGUUGAAUGUAUUUUUAUCCUUGUUAGGAUUUGUGUAUAUAUUUUUAUGUAAAGAGCUGUUUCUCAAAUGGGAUUGCUUGAAAUUGUAGAAUUGCAGGUUCUAAAUCUUAGACUAUAAUGUGUUUUUACAGGUGGUUAAAUACAUAAAUGUGCUAUAUAUUUUGCAUAUUUUUAUGUAAAAACAAAGCAAAAGUUUCGAAUUAUAAUUAGACUUGAAUAAUGAAGGCACUACAACGCUCUGAAAUGAUUAAAACACAAGAUCUUGCCAAUAAAGAACCAGCUGUUACUCC